AUGUGCAAGAGGGCGACCAUCGGCAUCGCACCCAGCGUCUAUGUGCAGAACAAGACGGAUGCAGGGCUGCAGGAAGCGCUGGUAAACCUUCUGACCAAGCACGGGCUCUCCAAAUCCUCAGGCAGCGAUGCUGUGGAGGCUGUGGCCCGGCGCCUGGCCAAGGAGAGGGAUCUGGAUGGCAUCGACACCUCCAACAUCGUGUCGGGUGGCAGGCGCCGGCAACCGGUGCAGGCCCCUAGGACCUACAAGGCGGCCUCUGACAGCGAGGACAGCUCGAGCUCCGAGGAGGACCCUGAGUCUGACAGCGAUGAAGAGAUGAGCACGUCUGAGGAUGAGGAGUCUGAAAGCUCAGAAGAGAACAAGAACAGCAAUGUCGCUGGUGGGAAAGCUCCCACGCCCACUGUUGUGCCAGAGAAGAAGGCCAAGGCGUCCGCAGAUGCCCCGUCCAAGAGGCGAAUCAUGGUGCUUGACUCAGAUGACGAAUGA